CGCUUCUAUGGCCUCCCCAAAGUACACAAGGAGGGCGCUCUUCUCCGACUCUUCGUAUCACUGAAAGGCACUCCAACGUACGGACUGGCAAAAUGGCUGUUUCGGCGUCUUGAAUUUCUGAUCGCUGAUUCGGAGAUCACGGUCCACUCAUCAAAACAAUUCUUGGAGAAACUCAAAGGGGACCUGGCAGUGAAGACCAUCGACUGCUGCAAACAUAACUUCCUCACAGGCGAGGCGAUCAAGGCAGUAGUUCGCAUAUACCGGAAAUAG